AGUCGCUAUAGGUCUCAGAAAGAGCACCGCUUUGCAGAUUCUCUGGUUCGAUAGAACUACAAGUAAGCUUGUCUUUUUGUGCCAAGGAGUGAAUCAAUACUAGCUACUGGGGUUGUUCUGGAUUUCAGCGUACUACGUCAGAGACAGAGUAAUUUAAAAGAAACAUUCUUUGAAAAGAAGAUGAAGAGCAUCAUGCUCCUGGAGAAACGACCCACUGGUCCACCACGGAAAAGGAGACGCUAGCCACGAUGCACUUCGCUACACGCUGCGUGAGAGGCGCGCCUUCUCCUGUAGUAUCGUCUGAGAGACGAGCUGCUACAGGAGCUGGAUUCGGAUGAAAGGUUGUGCAUGGAAAUGGCCUGCAGUGGUUUACAGAUGCGGUGCGCGGGAUAUCGAAUCUCGAGUUUUUCUUUUUCAGUCUUCCAAGAAACUCUCUGUUUCCCUUGCUCUUUCGUCCGCGCAAUUCGACGGAUGUGGCUACACCAGCGACGUCAGAGGGAGUGUGGGCACCGUUACAGGUACGGACGCCAGGGCGUAGCGCAUCGGAGCUGUUCGACGGUGACUACAAAGACAGGCUUCUUUGCGACACACGCAAGACGACGUUUGACGAAUGGUUUCACAUGCCGCUGCUAAUAACAUCACAGGCCACUAAUUCGUUUUACCUGUUAC